AUGAGUGCAAGUUUAAGUGGUAGUGCAAGGAACAGUAGUAGGUCUCCUUUCACCCCAAAUCAGUGGCAAGAACUUGAACAACAAGCUCUUGUUUUUAAAUACAUGGUUACAGGUGGUGCAGUUGGGUAUGCAUAUUUUCAAAUGGGGUUUGGCAGAAAAGUAGACCCGGAGCCAGGAAGGUGCAGAAGAACAGAUGGCAAGAAAUGGAGGUGCUCAAAGGAAGCAUAUCCAGAUUCUAAGUACUGUGAAAGGCACAUGCAUAGAGGCAGGAACCGUUCAAGAAAGCCUGUGGAAAUUUCUUCAUCAUCAACCACAAACACAAACACAAACACAAACAACAACACUUCCUCUUCCCAAGUCAUGAAUCAUCAUCAUCAAUCUUCUUAUACUGUUAACUGCAGCAAUGAUAGCAAUAAUAAUAAUAACAUGGCUUCUUCAACAGCUUGUUCUUUCAGUUUCAACCCAUCUGAGUCACAGCAGCAGCAUCAAUACUUCUCCCAAUCUUACCAAAACCCCUUCUUUUACACCCAAUCAACGUCUUCUUCUUCUUCUUCUAAACACCAUGAUGCUGAUUUUCCUCCUCAUGAUGCCACCACACACCACUUAUUCAUGGACUCCGGCUCUUAUUCUCAUGACCAAAAGGACUAUAGGCAUAUUCAUGGAAUGAGGGAGGAUGUGGAUGAAAGAGCUUUCUUUCCAGAAGCUUCUGGUUCAGCCAGGAGCUACCUUCAUGACUCAUAUCAGCACCAUCACCAACAACAACAACAACAGCAGCAUCUAUCAAUGGGUUCCUACAAGAACUACUCAUCAAAUUCCCAUUUCCAAAUCAUGAACAACAAUAAUAAUAACGACGAUCCAAGAAACCAAGAGCAACAUUGCUUUGUGUUGGGGACAGACUUCAAAUCAACGAGCAAAGAGAAAGACAACACUGAGAAAACAACAUCAACAACACAGCAAAGACCCCUUCACCACUUCUUUGGUGAGUGGCCACCAAAGAACACUGAUUCAUGGCUUGAUCUUGCUUCCAACUCUAGAAUACCCUCCUCAGCCAAAGAAGGUGGGGGAAACUUAUUGAUAAAGAUCAAUGUUAUUGUGUGGCUGGGGUGGUUCUCUUUUGCAAAAGGUGCUGUAGUCUUUAUUUGUGUUAUGUAA